AUGCGGAUGAGCGCUAAAGCAAGUAGCACCAAUGAAGCAGGAACGAUGCUCAAAGAACUGAACGAAACAGGUAAGAGAAUAGGACUGCGAAUAAACAGAACGAAGAUACAGUUCAUGAAGAAGUCCUACUGCGAGGACGAAGGAGUACAACUUGAAGGCUCCCAAAUCGUGGAAACUUCUUCAUAUGUAUAUCUCGGACGUUCUAUGAAUAUGGAAAACGACUUGAAGAAAGAACUAGAGCAGAAGGAUGAUACCAGCGUGGGCAGCAUUAGUACUCGUAUAAGAAUACUCCACCUGAAAUCCGUACCACCUCAGAUUCGUGGGAUGAUGCCUUUAAAGGAUAAGGUUUACGAACGUGUUCCUGGCCUAUACAAUGACUUGGGAGGGGGAGUAGGGACAAUUUUGGCACCGAGUUAUCGACCCCGGAGGGAUGAAAGGCUUGGUGAGCACUGGGGCGGAUUCGAACCUCUGAUCGAUCAUGUAGACACAGCAGAACUUCUUACCGAUUGCACUACACCCGCCCCAACUUAA